GCGGUUAGAGAGAGGGCAGAGGCAACGGCCCUCUUCUGGAGGGGGGGCUUAUUAUAACAAAUAUAUACACACGUGUGAACUGUGUGGCCGCACGAUAGGUCAUAUGUGGAUAACAAUUAUUUUUAGAAAAGCAUACAACCGCGGCUAUACAUUUAAAAUGCCUAUUUUACUUUUCCUGUUAGACACGUCCGCCUCUAUGAAUCAGCGCACUUAUUUGGGUACGACGUAUCUGGACGUUGCUAAAGGCGCGGUUGAGGUCUUUAUGAAGCUGCGUGCCCGAGACCCGGCUAGUAGAGGCGACAGGUACAUGCUAGUUACAUUCGAUGAUCCACCAUACGGAGUGAAGGCAGGCUGGAAGGAGAACCAUGCUACCUUCAUGUGCGAGCUGAAGAACCUGCAGGCAUCUGGGCUAACUACACUGGGUCACGCACUUCGCACAGCCUUUGACCUGCUUAACCUCAACCGCCUCGUCUCAGGCAUCGACAACUACGGACAGGGCUGUAACCCCUUCUUCCUGGAGCCAUCUGUGAUCAUCACCAUCACUGACGGGAACAAGCUCACACACAGCUCCGGAGUGCCAGACGAUCUGCACCUGCCUCUAAACUCUCCUUUGGCUGGAAGCGAGCUGACCAAAGAGCCCUUCCGCUGGGACCAACGGCUGUUCGCGCUGGUGCUGCGGCUGCCGGGAGCAGCCACACCAGACAACGAGCAGCUUGGUAGCGUCCCCACCGAUGAGUCUGCCAUCACCCAAAUGUGUGAAGUCACUGGAGGUCGAUCGUACUGCGUGCGGACGCAGAGGAUGUUGAACCAGUGUUUGGAGUCUUUGGUCCAAAAAGUUCAAAGCGGUGUCGUCAUUAAUUUUGAAAAAACCGGGCCCGAUCCGCCUCUAGCCGGGGAUGAGAACUCUGUGGAGUCAGGCCGUCCCGCGUCAUCUUUCAGCACUCAGCCGUGGCACAGCUGCCACAAACUCAUCUACGUGCGGCCGAACCCAAAGACGGGUGUGCCGGUCGGUCACUGGCCCAUACCAGAGUCCUUCUGGCCAGACCAGAACUCUCCAACUCUGCCACCUCGCACCGCUCAUCCCACGGUACGGUUCUCGUGUGUGGACUGCGAGCCCAUGGUGAUAGACAAACUUCCCUUCGACAAGUACGAACUGGAGCCCUCUCCGCUCACACAGUUCAUUCUGGAAAGGAAGUCUCCACACAUGUGCUGGCAGGUGUUUGUUAGCAGCAGUGGGAAACAAAAUGACCUGGGCCAGCCGUUCGGUUACCUUAAAGCCAGCACCACUCUCACAUGUGUCAACCUCUUUGUCAUGCCUUACAACUUUCCAGUCCUUCUCCCACUCCUCGAUGAUUUGUUUAAAGUGCACAAACUAAAACCCAACCUCAAGUGGCGACAGUCGUUUGAGAUGUACCUGAAGACCAUGCCUCCAUACUACCUCUUGCCCUUAAAAAAGGCCUUAAGGAUGAUGGGUGCACCUAAUCUGAUCGCGGACACCAUGGACUGCGGCCUGAGUUACAGUGUCAUCUCCUAUCUGAAGAAGCUCAGCCAGCAGGCAAAGAUAGAAUCGGACCGUUUAAUUGUGUCUGUGGGGAAGAAGGCGCCCCAGGAAACAGGCAUAAAGGUGAAGAACCACUCCAACUCGCUGUCUCUGGCCCACCGGAGAGACUUCAAGCAGUUACUUCAGGGAAUCACCGGGGAGGGGCCGCUCCGAACGGUGGACAUGAACUUCAAGGAGUUUGCCGGUUUCCAGAUCGCUCUGCUCAACAAGGAUUUAAAGCCUCAAGCUUAUCGAAACGCCUACGACAUCCCGAGACGCAACCUUCUGGAUCAGCUCACCCGAAUGCGCUCCAAUUUGCUGCGGACGUCACAGAAACUGAUCAGAGGGCAAGAUGAAGACUACCUUCACAGUAUUCCAGUGGCUCAGAUGGGAAAUUAUCAAGAAUAUUUAAAAAUGAUGCCGUCCCCUCUGAGAGAGAUCGAUCCCGAUCAACCUAAACGGCUGCACACGUUUGGGAAUCCGUUCAAGCAGGACAAAAAGGGGAUGAUGAUCGAUGAAGCAGAUGAGUUUGUCGUUGGCCCUCAAAACAAAAAAAGAGGAAAUUCCAGUGAUUCCAACUCGAGUACUACCAUGAAGAGAAGGCGGAGCAUGUCUCCACUGCUGCGGCGGCCGCAGACUCCACCAGGAAACACGAACCAUGUGGUGGCUGGAAAGAGUCCAGCAGGAGUUCAAGGGCAGCAGAACCUCCUCAAACCUAUCCCGCAGCACAAAGGAGUGGACGGCAACAACGCAGUGGUCACUGAGAGCAAUGGUGACAGGGCUCUCGGGCCUGACUCAGGGGAGAUCUGGCCCGUUGAGAUGGACGCAGCACCGGAGAACGCAUCCCCGCUGAGCCUGGAGGAGAAGGCCGGGCUGGGGGCUGCGGACCCGGUGGAGGAGGAAGUGGACGUGACGGAGGAGAAGCUCGAGGAAGAUCAUCUGAACGAGCAGCUGCUGGAGGAGAAACUCAACUUUGAACGGCUGAGUCCGCAGAGCCAGCUAGAAGGCGAUGAAGCUGAAGCUGAAGCUGAAGCUGAAGCUGACCCGGACGCGUCCAGUGAGGCCAUAUUCAUAGCCCCACUAGAUGGCAGCCAUGCAGAGCUGCGGUCUCGGGUCAUCAAGGAGGUCCGCAAACCAGGACGAAACUAUGAAGCAAUACUGGGAUUACUGCAGCAGGUCAAAGGACCGGUUAAUGUACAGAAGUUCUUCAUCCAACAUGCUAUCAAAGAGGCUUCCAGGUUCAAGAAGCGGGUACUGAUCCAGCAGCUGGAGACGCUCCUCACCGAGUUGGACGAGAAGCACGCAGCAUCUUCACGGCUUCCCAAUGAUCACGGCAGAUAG